AGAGAGAGAGAGAGAGAGAGAUGGAAACUUACAAGGUAGCUUUCUCAUCAGUACUUAUGAUGUUGGUGAGGGUUGUAGUGAUGAUGGGGUUGGUGAUCAGAAUGCCGACCACCAUCGAAGCAUGCUUUGGUGGAGGAGGUAACAGCGGUGGUGGGUCUCUCCGGGUUGAUGCAUACCAGAGUAGCUGUCCCGAUGCUGAAGCUAUAAUUUUCUCAUGGGUGGUCAGAGCUGUUUCUGAUGACCCUCGCAUGGCCGCAUCUCUCCUCCGUCUCCAUUUCCACGAUUGCUUCGUUAACGGAUGUGAUGCAUCAGUGUUGCUAGAUGAUACAGAAAUGUUUGUGGGUGAGAAAACGGCAGCACCGAAUGCGAAUUCGCUGAGAGGGUUCGACGUGAUCGACUCCAUCAAAUCUGAACUUGAAUCAGUUUGCCCUCAGACAGUCUCCUGUGCUGAUAUACUUGCCAUCCUCGCAAGAGAUUCUGUUCUUCUGUCAGGUGGGCCCGGGUGGGAAGUCCAGCUGGGGAGGAGAGACAGCUUGACAGCCAGCAAGGCAGCAGCGAACAAUAACAUCCCAGGUCCCAAUUCUGACGUGGCAACCCUCGUCACCAAGUUCCAGGACGUCGGUCUCACCCUCAACGACAUGAUUGCCCUUUCUGGCGCACACACCAUUGGAAAAGCCAAAUGCUCCACUUUCAGCUCAAGCCUCAUCCAGGGCAUUGGCAGUGGCGGUGAUGGUGGUGGCGACUCCUUUGGAUCCGAUGCUCCUCCAGCCCUCAACCUCGACUUCCUUUCAUCUCUACAGCAUCUCUGCUUGGAGUCUGGCAAUGCAACUCUGGUAUCACUGGACCUGAUGACACCGGCUACUUUCGACAACCAGUACUACAUAAACCUAAUCUCUGGGGAGGGAUUGCUUCCAUCAGACAAUGCCCUUGUAGCUGGAGGCAAUGCCGCAAGUGUUAUUACACGUGAGAUCGUCGAGGGAUACGCCAAUGACCCAUUCAUCUUCUUUCAGGACUUCAAAACAUCCAUGCUCAAGAUGGGCAGCUUGAAACCACUCACUGGAAACAAUGGCCAGAUCCGUAGGAACUGCAGGUCCAUCAAUUGAUUUCAAGUAGUAGUAGUAAGUAUUUAGUAGUAGUAGAAGAGCCAGUCUAGUCUCUUUGACUCUGCUAUGAAUAUUGUCUACUUCGUAAUACC